CCAAUAUAAUUGGUAUACGGCAUUUCCAAAGCAUACUUCUGUUCUUUGGAAUGUGUUUCGGUUACUUUCUACGGGUAAAUAUAUCAGCGGCAAUUGUUCCUAUGACACAGCCAACAGCAGAUCAACCAUUCUACGAUUGGGAUCCUUCGACAAAAAGUCUUAUUCUUUCGAGUUUCUUUUGGGGCUAUGUAGCAUGUCAAAUGCCAGCUAGCUUGAUGGCUAAACGAUUCGGUGGAAAACUAGUCCUUGGUAUAUCUACGUGUCUGGGCUCAAUCUUGACAAUCUUGCAUCCAUUAGUUGCGGCCAAAGGUGACUGGGUUCUGGUAUGCAUUUUAAGGGUGAUGGUUGGAUUCACUCAGGGCCCCGUCUACCCGUGUAUUCAUACACUUCUAGCCAAAUGGGUUCCACAUCAGGAAAGAGGUUUUUUGGCCUGUCUUGUUUAUUCAGGCGCACAAUUUGGAACAGCAUUACUACUGGCAGUCAGUGGCAACAUAUUUGACUCAGGAAUGGGAUGGCCAGGCAUAUUUUACAUUACAGGUGGUGUUGGCAUAAUUUGGGCCGUGGUGUUCAUAAUUUUUGGUGCGAACUCCCCACGCGAUACUCAAUUUAUAUCUGAAUCGGAACUGAAGUAUAUCGAAUGUUCAACAGGAAGUGACAAUCAGCAAAUAAACGCAGCUGUACCGUGGAAAGCAAUGUUCACAUCAGCAUGCUUUUAUGGGCUAAUCGCAGCCCACUGUGGCUUUACAUGGGGCUUCUAUACUCUUUUAACUGAAAUCCCCACAUACAUGGCAAAUGUUCUUCAUUUCAAUGUUAAGACAAAUGCUUUGCUCUCCGCCCUUCCAUACUUCGUUAUGUGGAUUCUAUGCCUCGUUGUUAGCCCCAUAGCUGAUACGCUCAUCAACCGUAACAUAACAAGCGUCACUGCGUCAAGAAAAAUAUUUAAUACGAUCGGUCAAUGGGUACCCAUGGUCUGCCUUAUUGCACUUGGCUACAUGACCGAGGACCAAAAAACUACCGCAACCGUUUUAUUGACCGUUGCUGUGGGAUUUAAUGCCGCAUCUUUUUGUGGUUAUUUGGUGAAUCAUAUGGACCUUUCGCCGAAUUACGCUGGCUUAAUGAUGGGUGUAACCAAUAUGGCUUCUAACUUAUUGUCCAUAUGUACUCCAUUGGUUGUAGGCGCAAUUGUCGUAGACGAAGAAAGUCCCGACGAGUGGCGUAUAGUGUUCUUUAUAACAGCCGGAGUAUAUUUGAUUUGUAACGGCUUGUUUUUGGUAUUUGGUAAAGCAACAGUGCAGCCAUGGAAUUAUGUGAAUAUUUCGUCCAGUUCUACUACUCUGCCGAACAACACGGAUGGUCUUUCUGUUGCAGACGCCCAUACAUGA